UGGCAUGCACAAGUGGGCGGGUUUAUCUCGAGACGAACAGCUGUGUACAGCUUCACCUUCCUCUGGACUUCUUUUGCUUUAAAAACACAACAGAGCAGUAAACAAUGCGCGACUGGGUGACUGUGUAGCGCUCAGAAGCUGUGAGUGAGAUCAGCUUGUGUAUCAGCAGGGAGAAGAGCUGGACAUGGACUCAUUUCCUCCCGGAUCUCCACCUUCUUCUCCUACCGAUUCCAUCUCUCUAGCAUCUCUUGUGUCUGGACACACCCCUCGCACAGUUUCCUCCUUUUCAACACCAGGCCCUUCCUCUCGGGUGUCUCCGCCCUCUCAUCCAGCCUCACAAACAGGUCGUUCUCAGCUAAACGCAGCCAGCGAUGUGUCUGAAGGCAGGCCCACUGGUGGAUCUUCAUCUCCUGCAGGAGACAUUCCAGAGGAGCUGGACAUAGAGGAACUUAAGCAAAGGGCUAAGAAUGGAGAUUCCAAAGCACAGACUGAGGUUGGCAGGUAUUACUUGCGACUGUCUGAGCAUGAGGAUGAAGAAAUGAAUGGUGUCACAGCAGUAACCUGGCUUUUACAAGCAGCAAAAAAUGGAAGGAGGGAUGCCGUGAAACUUCUGCAGUUUUGCUUGCAUGAAAGAAAAGGCAUCACAGCUGAAAAUAGACAGGAGGUGUGUACCUUGGCAUCUGAGUCACGUUUUGAACGUACUGUGAGGAAAGCGGCUCUGUGUAUGUACUGGAAACUCAAUCCAGACAGAAAGAGAAAGGUGACUACCUCGGAACUGCUGGAAAACAUUAGCCACUACAACUCUGAAACAGAUGGUGCCCCAAACACCGUACCUUUGAGUCCAGCUCAGAAACAGAGGAAGGUCUUAGAACGCCUUGUCUCCAGCAAUGGGACUCAGUAUGUUGGCGUUGAGGAUUUUGUUGAAAAUGCCAAGCGGUAUGCACAAGGUAUCUCACCAUCACCGGCUCUUGAUGAAGCAGUAGUUGAUGAUGACGAUGAUGAUGAUGAACCUGUGAAGAACCCAGAUGAGUUACCUUUGCAUCAGAAGAUACUGAAGUUUCCCCUCCAUGCUGUGACUGAGGUAAAGGAGGUGUUGAUUGACUGGGCUUCCCGCGCUGGAAUGCAGUGGAUCAGCGCCCUUAUCCCGACUCACCAUGUCAACACUCUUAUUUUCUUCUUCAUCAUCUCCAACCUUACUCUGGACUUCUUCCUUCUUGUCAUUCCUCUUGUCAUCUUCUACCUCUCCUUCCUCUCGAUGGUCAUCUGCACAUUGAGGGUUUUCCAGAACAGCAAAGCAUGGGAGAACUUCAAGACCCUGACAGCCAUGCUGGCUCAUUUCGAGCCAGGACUGGACCUUGAGCAAGCCGAGUCCAACUUUACCUGGACUCAUCUGGAGCCUCACCUGUACUUCCUGGUCUCUGCACUUUUCCUCAUACUCUCAUUCCCUGUGACAGAUAAGUCCUGGCUGCCUUGUUCUGAAAUGGCCACAGUGGCCGUCUUCUUUACUAUAAGCAGCUACAUGAGCCUGCGUCCAGCUGCACAGCAACAUGCUAAGCUAGCCCUCCUUGCACAAUUUGCCUCUGCAAUUUGCUCUUUCAUUAAUGAGCUGCUUGGGGGUAGGGUGGGCCAACUUGUCGGAGGGUCGUGGUUUAGCGUGCCGAUCUGUGAUUGGUUGGUGUUGCAUGUGGGUGUGCCUUGCAUUCUGUACCUUUAUCUCCUGUACUUGUGUGUCCGUAUGGGCACAGCACGAGGAUGGCAAGGGUCUUACAGCAUGCUUCUGCCCUACCUACUCUGUUUCACUUGGUGUGAGCUGUCGGUCACGCUUCUGCAUGCAUCCACUGCACUCGGACUCAUGCGCACAGCUGUGGGCUACUUCCUUUUCUUCUUUGCCCUGCCUGUACUUUCACUAGCGCUGGCAGCUGUGCUGCUGAUGCAGCUAGUACAGUGGUUCCUCGCUCUGGAGCUGGCCAAGAUGGCAGUGACGGUGUGUGUUUGUGUGGUACCUGUUUUGUUGAGGUGGUGGACUCGUUUCAGCGUGUCACCUCUUGCUGUGAUUCGAUCUCUGAGGCACAGUAGCAUGGUUAAACUGAUCUUGGUUUGGAUCUCCGCUUUGCUGCUCUUCAGCUGGUUCUAUGUGUACCGUUCUGAGGGCAUGAAGGUUUAUAACUCCACUCUUACCUGGCAGCAGUACAGUGAGAUGUGUGGCCCUCGUGCCUGGAAGGAGCGCAACAUGGCACACACCCAGAUCCUCUGUAGUCAUCUUGAGGGCCACCGUGUCACCUGGGAAGGUCGUUUUAAAUAUGUCCGUGUGACAGAAAUUGAAAACGGAGCACAAGCAGUCAUCAACCUCUUGCCUGGCAUCAUAGCAGACUGGGUCCGAUGCCUUUACGGAGAGGAGUACCCAGCCUGUGACGGCACACAACCAGAGCCAGCUCCGCCUCUUUGCAAGCUCAAAGAAUUUGCAAAUCACAAGUGUCAUGUGAAACGUUUCGACCGCUACAAAUUUGAAGUGACUAUGGGUAUGCCACUUCAGGAUAAGAAGGGCAAAAGGGUGCAAGAAACUGAUGAUGCAACCAAAGACAUAGUGCUGCGGGCAAGUAAUGAAUUCCGUGGUGUGCUGUUGGCACUCAGUGCAGGCAGUAUUGUGGAAUUCAGUACUGUUCUGGAGGGCAGGCUGGGUAGCAAGUGGCCAGUAUUUGAGCUGAAAGCCCUUCACUGUAGGACUUGUACCUCACCUUUGGUACCUACAAGACGGCAAGUCAAGAUAGAGCAGGAUUGGAGGGUUAAUGCCCGUAAUGCAUUUGCCUUUGCAUUUAACUUCCUUUUCCACCCCCUGCUCACUGCCGAAGUAGAAGAUGCUGUGCCUACAGAAACUGCAGAGUGAUAGUGGACUAUAUGCUAUCAGUUUGAUAACCAAGUAUCGCAUAACAGGAGUUAUUCAGCACCUGUCACUUUUUCUCAACAUGUGCAACAAUAUUGGUUUUAAGAAUUGGAAGAGAUACUUAUUGUUGACUAGUAGGCUUUGGCACAGUGCUGAUAUAUCAAACUAUGUCUAUAGUUUGGGAACUAACCUUCUCUGUCAGGGCUAAAUGUGCAAUCAUUAAGAUACACUUAUUCAGGAUGGUGGCCAACAUUUGAGUGACCUUAUGGGGUGUGAGUAAUGUGAAGGGCAAGUGAAAAUAAUUAGGUGGUUCUUACAAAGAAACAUUGUCCAAUUGCCAUGGCUCCUUAUUUCAUUACAAUGUUGUAGACCAGCGGUAUCCAGUCUUCUUCACAAAGAGCCAUUCUGGCUGCAAGUUUUUUCUUCAGUUGACUAUCAUGUGUAGUUGGUUGGGUAAAAACCUGCUACCACACUGGACCUGCAGACAAAAUUGGACCUGUUGUAGACUGAUGGAGAAAAAAGAAUGAACGUUCUUUAGAUUAUUCAGUCAGGAGCUCAGAGUAAGGUAAUGGAUAUUAUUUAUGACCAUAUCCUAUUUUUCUGGCUUUUUGCUGGACUAAACACUAUUUUCAGUGGAAAAUUACUAUUGACAAAAUAAUUUAGUCCAAGACUAAUGGAAAUCUAGUACAACUAUUAUAUUUGUUUCAUGUACAAGUGUGUAUGAAUGAAUUGUAGAGAGAAAAAGGACUACAUUUCCUACAGAAACCACAAUUCCAGGGAUAACUUUUUAAGUAGAUCUUAAGGGAUCAUUUCAGCAAUAGGAAAUUGCAUAUAGCACUGCCUAAAAUUUGGAUAUAAAACCUCAUAAUUAAUAGUUUUAUUACUGGGAUUUUCCUCCCACCUCCCAAUUUCCUCCCAAUUUAGAGUUGCCCCUAUGACCCCUAUUUAAGAUAAUGACAUAGCACUAGUACAGUAGUACAAAAUAAUUUUAUUAUAAUAAUAUAUCAGCAACAAAAUAACUCACUAGUAGAGGCGUUUGGACACGUGAUUGUAGGAAGUGCUUACCACCAAAUGUCACUCUUCAGACCAUGAUUAGGAACAUCACAACUUCAUCCAAUUUCAAAACAAAAAAACAACUGUAAAAUUUGCAUUAAUCCUAUGUUUUUUUUAUUGGAUUAUACAAUAUUCAUUUUUGAAAUGUUUGGAGUGUUUUAAAUUAUUGAUAUGAGCCUUAGUUAAAUUGAAAUGUGUACAACAAGAAUUUGUAUAUUUUUGAUAAAUAUUAAUAGAUACUUCCAAUAGAGGAAUUACCUUUCUUCUUGUUAUUAUUAUUAUCAUUAUUAUUAUUAUUAUUGAUGGUUUUAUUUAGAUUGUUGAUGAUUAUUUCCUGUUCUAUGUGCAUAAAUUCAGCACAGGGCAUUCUAGUAGUUGGUUAUUGGUGAAAUUCAUUUUUAUAUCAGUGGAAUCAUGGUGCUGUACAUGAUGAGCAACUUUUUAAAUGCUUAUAAAUGCCAUUUGAUUUGUUAUCUUACACAGAUAUAGUAGUAGUAGUAGUAGUAGUUUAUUACCGUAUAUUGGGAUUGCCUCACACAGGAUUCACUACAGAUGUAGAGACACCACCACUAUUAUACACACUGAAAAAAGCACACUGCUCACUUUAAAUGCGCCUGAGCUGGUCUCUACUCCAAUAUAUGGUUAUUCACUACUGUAUCUUUGAUCAAUAAAAGCAGUUCUUUAAUCA